CUGACAUCAUCCACUGUCUUCCGGGCUGUGAACGCUACCCCGGUUGGCGUUAAAAUGUACCUUUUUACACAAUUUUAUUCGUCUUUCCUGAAAUACUUGAAAUACUGACUUAAAGUCCCAUAUACAGAGCGUUUGGACAAGGUCAACAUUAUGUCAGAACUACGCGCAGAAGGAUAGCAGCACCUGAAUCAAUCCGGCAGAAGCGCAGCCGUAGCGGAUGAGGUCUGGUUUGCUCACUUGCUGAGAGCAACCACAACAUCCAGCCUUCUGUCCAUUUUUGCAGACAUCUCCUUGUCUACUUCUAUUUAAGCGUCUUUUCCUCUCACGAUGAAGCUGAAGGAGGACAUCAACCCCUUGCUCCUGCAGGUUUUCCGCUCUGUGGUCUGGGUCUACUCUGUGAUCACCUUUAUACCCUGGUACUUCCUGUCCGGGGCCGGCACCAACUUGGAGCGGGCACGCCGUAUUAAAGCGCGCUCGGUUAGCGGACACCCAGCGGGUCCGUACCGGGCCAUCAACAGCCAACAGGAGCUGGCGGCGUGGCUGCACCCUGGUGUGGACACUCUGGAUAAAGUGUUCGAAUAUGCAGCCAAGAGGUUUCCUCAGAGAGACUGUCUGGGUACCAGGGAGGUUUUGAGCGAGGAGGAUGAGCUCCAACCCAACGGGAAAGUCUUUAAGAAGGUCAUUCUCGGGAACUACAACUGGCUGUCGUAUGAUGAAACCUACCAGGCGGCCAGGAUGUUCGGAAGCGGUCUGGCAGCUCUCGGCCAGAAGCCUCUGUGCAACAUCGCCAUCUUCUGCGAGACCAGAGCUGAGUGGAUCGUGGCGGCUCAAGCCUGCUUCAUGUACAAUUUCCCACUGGUCACACUGUACGCCACUCUCGGACCCAUGGCCAUCGCCCACGGCUUGAACGAAACAGAGGUCACACACAUUAUCACUAGUAAAGACCUGCUGCAGAGUCGUCUCAAGGCCAUACUGUGUGAUGUUCCGAGUCUGAAGUUCGUCAUUGUAGUCGACAAGAAGCUCUCGAGCUGGCAGGACAUCCCCAGAGGCAUCACUGUCCACAGCAUGGCUGCUGUUAAAGAAAUGGGAUCCAGACCUGAAAGCUUAGUGACAGGCCGCAGGCAGCCACAGUCGUCGGACAUCGCCGUCAUCAUGUACACCAGCGGCUCUACUGGCAUCCCCAAGGGUGUCAUGAUCUCCCAUGGCAACAUCAUCGCUGGCAUCACUGGGAUGGCAGAACGAAUCCCCAACCUCAAUGAAACGGACACGUACAUUGGCUACCUGCCGUUGGCCCACGUUUUAGAGCUCAGUGCAGAGCUGGUAUGCAUCUCGCACGGCUGUCGCAUUGGCUAUUCCUCUCCGCAGACUCUUGCUGACCAAUCUACCAAAAUCAAAAAGGGCAGUAAAGGAGACACCAGCAUGUUGAGACCCACACUCAUGGCCGCUGUACCGGAAAUAAUGGACCGUAUUUAUAAAAACGUGAUGACAAAAGUGGAGGGCAUGAGCAAAUUGCAGAAGACGCUCUUUGUGCUUGCGUACAACUACAAGAUGGAGCAGAUAUCCAAAGGCUACAGCACGCCUCUUUGUGACAGUCUGGUGUUCAAGCGGGUCCGAGCGCUGCUGGGGGGUAACACACGGGUGCUGCUGUCAGGUGGUGCUCCACUGUCAGCUGCCACGCAGCGCUUCAUGAACAUAUGCCUGUGCUGCCCAGUGGGGCAAGGCUACGGACUGACCGAGACCUGUGGAGCCGGCACCAUCAGUGAGGUGUGGGACUACAGCACCGGAAGAGUCGGCGCACCGCUCGUUUGCUCAGAAAUCACGCUCAAGGACUGGGAAGAAGGCGGCUACUUCAGCACGGACAAGCCUAACCCACGUGGGGAAAUCCUAAUUGGCGGACCAAACGUGACGAUGGGUUACUACAAAAACCAAGCCAAGAACCGCGAGGACUUUUUCGUAGACAAGAAAGGUCAACGGUGGUUCUGCACCGGAGACAUUGGAGAGUUUCACCCCGAUGGAUGCCUCAAGAUCAUCGACCGCAAAAAGGAUUUGGUCAAACUACAGGCUGGUGAGUACGUGUCUUUGGGGAAAGUGGAGGCAGUUUUGAAGAACUGCCCGCUCAUAGACAACAUCUGUGCCUAUGCCAACAGUGACCAGUCGUACGUGAUCAGCUUCGUGGUGCCCAACCAGAAAUUGCUGAUGGCACUGGCGGAGCGGUUGGAGGUGCGGGGCACGUGGGAGGAGAUCUGCAGCAACCCCCAGAUGGAGAAGGAAGUCCUACGCAUCCUCACUGAGGCCGCCAUCUCAUCAAAACUGGAACGCUUCGAAAUCCCCAAAAAAGUCCGUCUGAGUGCGGAAGCCUGGACUCCAGAGACUGGCCUGGUCACGGACGCGUUCAAAUUAAAACGCAAAGAGCUUAAAACGCACUACCAAGAAGACAUUGAGAGGAUGUACGGAGGGAAAUAACACGUGCGUACAUGCUAACACACAAGCAGGUCCGAGGCCCCCGAAAGAUCAACUUAGGUGGGGGAUGCUUUAUAUAGACAAGAAGGACCCACAAAUCAAUGAACACACAGAAGGAAGUUCAAGUCUCUUCCAUACAACCGCAGUCUUAGUGAUACGCUUCGCCCUCCGAGUUACCGUGGCAACCAAGGCCAUGCACGGACCCCCGCACUAAGGGAGACAAAUAUCAGGUUUGGACGUACGCGAUUCAGCUUAGCUUAGGUUAGCUUCUUUCUCGCUGGUCUUUGGAGAAGCUCACUGGUACGGCUUUGCUGCCCAAAAUGAAGUCAAGGGCCAGAUGCGGUCAUACAGUAUAAGCGAUGCCUUAAAGCAGAAUCCUUGUGGGCGUUUUUCUGAGCUUGUAACAUCUUUUUUUUCCCAACUGCAUCUGCUGUUAAAGGGAAACCAAAACCAAACAUUUGGGGGAAAGAAAACAUGUAUCGCAAAUCUACAAACAUACACAACAGGUGUGAUCAGGGUUGUUGAAUUAUUCUGUUUAAUUUUAUUCCACAAAGGCACGAUUGACAGGGUUUUAUAAUUAGUAUCACAGAAAAUAGUUUUGGGUUUGGCUCCCACACCCGUGAAGUUGGCCCCCUAUCAGACGCAAAUUUAUAUAAAAACGAUGUCAAUCAUUUGUGCUGCGUUUGUGCUGUAAGUUUUGUUUGUGCUGUCAACCAGCCCCCCCAUUUGGAUUAAAAUUGGCUAAAAAGUGUGUCAAUCGUUUGUGCUGUAAAAGUUUUGUUUGUGUUGCUAUCGUUUUUGAGAUAUUGAUAUUGAUACUGUUAUUGAGAGUGUUGGAAUGCGCUCGGUCAGCUGCGGGAGUUGGAUACAGAAAAACUGAGUCAUCACUCAAAAUUAUUAUCUCUAUAAAACGAUAGCAGCACGUUGAUCUCAGAUUGACCUAUGAAAGAAUUUUUAAUAUCUGAAAAACGAUAGCGGCAAAACCAAAAAGAAAUUUGCAGCACAAACGAAUGACAUAAUUUUUCUAUAAGUUUGCAUCUGAUAGGGGUUCAACUUCAUGAAGGUUUGGCUCCCCCUUAGAAUCACCAGGGUCACUUUUUUUUUUUUUUUUUAAAUAGGGUGCCAUUUGGAUGUAACAGUGGAUAAUUUUGUGCUAAAGUUAGCCCUCAGUCAAGCUUUGCUAGCAUUACAGCUAACAUCACUUUGAAUACGUGAUGAGAUAUUUAAUAAUUUUACAAAUAACCUUUGAAAUUGUUCAAUUUAAUUAUUUUCUUGAAUACAUAGAUUUAACAGAGUGGACAUGUUAUGAUUACACACUAACAAUAUAGAAUGGACAGUGACAGUUUUAAAUCAAAUAAUAUACUUUAAUUUAAAAACAAAACAUGAUUAAAGAUGGUUUAUCCAGGACUAUAAAAUCAUAAUUUUUUUUUUUUUUUUCUUUCUUAUUUUAUUGACUAAAUUUGAAUGAAACAAACUGUUGACCAGUGUUGUUAAUAACGGCGUUAGAGUAUGAUGGCGUUACUAACGGCGUUAUUUUUUUUCAGUAGUGAGUAAUCUAAUUAUUUACUUUUCUCAUCUUGGCGUUACUACAUUGGUUGAAUGACGCGAGGAAAGUCUGAGAGACACGGACUCACUGAGACGAGAGAGCAGAGCGGUUGUGGGGAGGAGGGAAGGGAGUUGUGACGCCGUUGAAACGCCAUGCUAGGUGGCUGCGAAUACCGGACUGUAACCGAUAGCCUACAAUCUACGCCCACAUGAUGCUACGGUAGAUAUCACAUGUAUAUAGAACUAGGUGCGAAAUGACAGACACGGCGGCGUUAGCACAUGUAUAGAGAACUAGAUGCGAAAUGAUACCGCCAUCUUAAAGCAGUAGACUUCUCAGGAAGGCUCUGUUGUAGAGAACCUUCUUAGCGAACCUAAGUAACUUUUUAUCUAAAAUACUCCUAAACCGGCAAAAUCUUGACUUGAUUCUAUGAUGAAACCGUUUUAAAACUUUCACAUGUCGAAAGUAGACAGAAGGAAACUAAUGCAAUAACGGGAGCAAUUUUAACAACUUUAACGGUUGAUUCAUAACAUUAAAUGACUUCCAAACAUAGCAAAGGUUACUACCGUAAUUUUCGCACUAUAAGGCGCACCUGACUAUAAGCAACCAGCCACCAAAUGUGACACGAAAACAGCAUUUGUACAUAGAUGAGCUACACUGGACUAUAAGCUGCAGCUUUUCACACUCUAUAUUGGGAUGUUUACACCAAAAGAUAUUAACCGGUUACGUUGACAGCGACAUCAUAUGACUGUCAUAAAACCAAAGGAACCACCAUGAAACGUUGAACCAAUUGGCUGCAAAGCUUUAUUGCUUCAAGAAUCUUCAUUUAGCCAUCACUGCUCCCUUGGGGUUGGUAGUCAACCUCUUUGUCCACCUGCUGUCAACACUUGUUGUUGUCCAACAUGCCUUCUAGCAUGCAUUGCAGCGCUACAGAUGUAAAUAACAAUCAAAAUUCAUGUUCUGUGCUUUUUAUUUCUUCAGUUACUGUUCCAAUUGUUUCAUUAAUUGCUAAUUAUGGUAUUUGGUGACACUUUAUUUGACCAUGGUGCCAUAAGACUGUCAUUAGACCAGUACUUCUCAAAUAGUGGGGCGCGCCCCCCUCGGGGGGCGCAGAGCGAUGCCAGGGGGGGCGUAUGUGUCCUCGGGGAACAUGCUUUUUUUUUUUUUUUUGCCGGACUGGAAUAAAGUGUACUUGCACAUCCACUCAGUGGGUGGCAGUGGCGCUCUCAUUUUCAGAGUACGUGCAGUAUUUUUGAACUAAGGAAGAGCACCACUACAGUGGCGGCAGAGAGUUU